AUAAUUACAAUCUGACUAUAUAUUUAAAAAUUAUAACAAUCUGAUAUGGAUUUGUUGGAGUUUGUCUCCAAACUUAGUAAUCAGGAAUUAAAUGUUUUGAUGUCAAUUAGCCAAUUUCAUUCUUUUGGCUACUCCCAAUUCAUCCUCAAUCUAUUAUACUACGUAAUAUUCUGCACAAAAUCAGAUUAUCAGAAUUCAGAGGUCUAUACCCUUCUUUAAUUUAUUGCUCCAACAUUUAUUUAUUUCUUCAAAGUACCCGUUGCAAUCGCCAACCUGGUUCCUGUUAUUUCUCUGUACUUGUUUCUUACUUCUCCUUCCCUGUCACAGAAAAGAAAAACACUUUGAUUUUUAUGUUUCUUGAUCAUGAUUCAUACCUGGACUCCAUUCAAAGUGAAUGAAGUACUAAAAAGGGCCUAAAACAACAUGGGCAUCUUCAAGAAACAGAAUUUCAGACACCCUUGUUUACAUCUUCUGCUUCUGUAUUUUCUGAUCCAUUCCGUUCCAGCGGUUCUUGAUUUUCCGGCGGGAAGAGCAGAGCUGUCGGCGCGUUCCCUCGACGCGCUUCUUCAGGAACGUGCAUUCCGGGCGCUCCUUCAGCCGAAGACCGGCGUUCCUUACGACGGGAAUGUGCCUCCCGGGAUGGCUGGGAUCGGAGUAUCGGCGUUGAGAUUGAGGAGUGGUGCCAUGAAGAGGAAAGGGUUCAGAAAUUUCCAUGAAUUUACUAUCCCGACCGGAAUGGUGGCGCAGCCGUACGCGGAGAGGAUAGUUCUUGUAUAUCACAAUUUAGGCAACUGGUCCGGCAUUUAUUACCCCCUGCCGGAGGGUUACAUUCAUCUGACUCCCGUUUUGGGGCUGAUGGCUUACGACGCUUCCAAUUUGUCGGCUUCAGAGCUGCCGGAGCUCGAAUUACGGGCAUCGGAGACGCCGAUCUUGAUUAAGUUUUCAAGAUUGAAGCCGGCGCCGGCAGCGCCGGCUUCCACCAAGUGUGUGUUCUUUGAUAUGCGCGGUUCGCUGGAAUUUGACAUUGUUGUCGACGGGAACAUAUGCAGGGGUACAAAGCAAGGGCAUUUCUCGAUGGUCGUCGAAGUCGGAGCUCCGGGACAAGUGCCGGCGACCACCAUUGGAGACCGCAAGAACAGUGGGGAUAAGAAAGGAUUUAACAAAUUACUAUUGUGGGUAAUUUUGGGGACAACGAUUGGAGGGGUUGUGAUGCUGUGUUUGUUGAUCCUUGUAUUAGUUUGUGCGAAGAAAGGAGGUGGGGGUAAGAAGGAGGAGAAGAAACGGAAAAUGGAGGAGGCUGUGGAACGCGACGCACCAUUGCCGACGGCAGCCGUAAGACUCGCGACGGCGACGGCGGCUUCAAAGGCUCGGACCAGGCCGGUGUUAGAUGAUGAAUAUACUGCAUAGCUCUUAAGUUUCUAGAACAGAAAGUAAGACUGUACUUACCAAAAACAUGACAAUUCAACAGCCGAGCUUUCUUACAAAUUGGUCAAUGGUGUAAUCAUACAAUGGAGUAGUAUCGAGCAGAUAAUCUCUCUAUUUUGUCGGUCCAUAAUUAAAUGAUUAGUUUUUCGAAAAAAUAAAAACUUAAUGGUUACUCGUAUAAGUUAAUCCCUCCCUUCCGGACAUUUGUUCCAAGUUUGACUUGACUCGCAAAUUUACGAAGUGGG